AAUAGUCGAAAAAAUUAUUAUACAUUAAUAUUUGAUGUCUGUGAUAUAAUAUUAGGUACUUCAAAAUCACAGCUAAUAUUACGUAUAUCCAACGUAAUAUUACAGUGUUAUUAAGACAAUAUAACAUGCUGCUUGGAUAGUAUUCUCAUAACUGAUUUUACAAAAAGAAUUGUUAAAGAUCAAUGUAGAAAGUAUUUUUUUGAUGUAUCGAAUUUAAAAAAAUUGACCUUCCUACAGUAAUUUACCAUGUAGAUUGUAAUUUUGUAAGAAAAUCCUGACAAUUUAGUUUUAAUAAAUAAAAUGUGUGAUACUGUGUUGAAAACUGUUAAGCUGUUCUCGAAGAAAACAGAGUUCGCUUGGAAAUAGGGGUGGCAGUAAAUUAAAUACAGCAACAGCGCCGGGGUGUGGCGCAUGCGCAUGCGUAAUGAUAUCCCUGAUACGGAAAAGAAAGGGAUGAGAAUGAGUUGGGUUGGAAUUGUAGAUGCUUGCAGAAGUGCUUCGUGCGGCUCAUUGUUAUUCGUAUAAAAAUACUUUUUUAUCUUCAAUUAUUCUAAGAAACGUAGCAUUCUAAUUCUUUGUUAUUCACUAUAGUAGUAAAUUGUAAACAGUUAAAGAGUCAUUUUUAUUAAAGAGAAACGGAUCUUUAGGGUGAUAUUGAUAUUAGCACGUUAAUUGUUUAUUGUAUAAAAGAAAAUCACAAUUUCUAAUUGAUCAUGACUACUGAAACGGAGAAAAUUAGUCCACCUGUUGAAGUAAGUGAUACUAAGGAUAUUAAGGAAGUUGAAACAACAUUGGAAAACAAGCAGCAAAAGCAGAAUUCUGAUAAUGAGAAUACAAAGAAAGAAGAAUGCGAAAAAAAGGAAACUUCCGGAGAUACGAAUGUUGCUUCAGCAAAAGAUGUUCCGGUACACAAAAGUGAUUUUGAAAAAGAUGUAGUGUAUUUAUACCAGCUUCCACGAUCACCUCUCUUACCUUCUGUUUCCCCCUAUUGUCUGAAAGUAGAAACAUGGUUGCGUCUCAAUGGAAUAAAAUAUGAGAACGUAGAUCAUAAACUCAAAUAUCGCUCAAAAAAGGGACGCUUGCCAUUUGUUGAACUGAAUGGAGAGGAAAUUGCUGACAGCGCCAUUAUUUUAGAAGAAUUAAGACAGAAAUUCGAAAAGGAUUUGGAUGCUACUCUGACAAAUGAACAAAAAUGUGUAUCUCAUGCUCUAAUACGAAUGAUAGAAAACCAUCUAGUUUGGGUUAUCACAUAUUGGCGUACAAAAAAUUUGGAUCUAGUGUUGAAGGGUUACAAUCUCAACUUGCAGCAAAUCCUAGGUUCACGAAUACCUAAUGGAAUAUUAAAUUUCUUCUUUAAAAUUACACUUGGGCGCAAGGGUGCAAGAAAAGUAAAGGCUCAUGGAAUAGGAGAAUUUAGUUUUGAUCAAGUGGUCAAUUUUGGCAAUGAGGAUCUGAAGGCACUUAGUGAUGUUCUUGCCGACAAACCAUUCUUUUUUGGAGAUGAACCAACAAUGCUAGAUGUUGUGGCCUUCGCAAAUUUAGCACAAAUUUUAUACAUUCAUAAGGAUAUUCGUUUUCCUUUGAGAGACUUCGUUCAGGAUAAAUGUCCAAAUCUAGUAGGACAUUGUUCACGAAUGAAAGAACGCUGCUUCACAGAUUGGGACGAGAUUUGCACUUCAUUAGCAAUGAACACGCAUUUACCAAAGGAACUAAAGAGUGUUAACAAGGAGAACAAAGAAGACGCUAAGGAAUCGAAAGAAUCAACAGAAGAAAAGGAAGGAGACAAGGAGAAAUCUGAUAAAGAAGAGAAAGACAUUGAGAAGGAAAAGGAAAUCGAUGGUAAUAAGAAGGAUGAAAAAUAAAAAGCAAUAAGUCUGUGUUAUUCUAAGCAAAAUGACAAUUUUUAAGCUUAUUUUGUAGAAAAAGAGAAUGUAUGUUAAGAAAAAGGGAACAGAUAGGGAUUUUUUCGUCUAAUAAACAUGUGUAUCAGUCGUGAAACCACUGGCAUCAGAAUCUUUCUUCUCUUUUUACCUUCAUACAAAUAUCAGUAUUUAUAUCUAAAUAAAAAAUGAUUACAUAGUAACUAGUAUAGAUAUUGCAUAAACUUUACUUAUCUAGGAGUCAACCACACAAGCAACGAGAACAUAAAUAUACCCAAAGAAGAUUCUUCUCCGUCUGGAUAAAGAAGUUUAAAACUACCAGUGGAGAUUCAUCAUCUUUGGAAUCUAAAAUUGAAAGCAAUAUUUAAGUACAUUUUCUUAAACGUUGACAUCUGCCAAUGGAUAAAUUUGAUAUGUUUUUAAAUCAUGUCAAAAAUGAAGUCUUUAUAACAUGAAUAUCACAGCAAUUUGUAGAAAAUUUUUAACAAAAGUAAAACCUUUUUAUUAAAAAAUAUGUAUUAUACUAAGUAUAUAAUUAAACAUUUAACACAGGUUAUCAACAUUUAAUGUGCAGUCGUAGGUGUCAUAAAUAUGUACUGCCAAGAGAAUGAAUUCUGAAUUUUGUCACUCGAUGGGCGCAUUGCAAUGCUCUCUUGUAACAAUUACUGCAAAAUAUUUUGCUACUAUAUUGUUUAAAUGGUCAAAUUUUCAUUAUUGCUGUUGUUUCACAAUUGCCAAAAUAGCAAAAUAUUUUAAGGGGACGUCUAAAUUUCGUGAUGCGUCUCAAGCGAUUUUAACGAUGGACAAAUUUUCGCCCAUGUCGAGCAUCUAGUCUAGUAAAAGUAACUACGAAGAACUAUUAUUUGUGAAUAUUUAGGUCACAAAACAUCUUGAAACUUAGAUACUUUGGCUUCAAGAAAAUAAGACAUUUAAGUUUUCCGUGAAAGCUGCUAAUUCCAAACAUGAAUU